GCACGCGCACGGGUCGCCGGUGCGCGCCGAGCGGGGGGCGCCGCGCGGUGCAGCCACGAUGGAAGGGGGUGCGUACGGAGCGGGCAAAGCCGGGGGCGCCUUCGACCCUUACACCCUGGUGCGGCAGCCACACACCAUCCUGCGCGUCGUGUCUUGGGUUUUCUCCAUCGUGGUCUUCGGCUCCAUCGUGAAUGAGGGCUACCUCAACAACUCGGAGGAGGAGGAGGAGUUCUGCAUCUACAACCGAAACCCCAAUGCCUGCAACUAUGGCGUGACUGUGGGCGUGCUGGCCUUCCUCACCUGCCUGCUCUACCUGGCGCUGGAUGUGUACUUCCCACAGAUCAGCAGUGUCAAGGAUCGCAAGAAGGCUGUGCUGUCGGACAUCGGUGUCUCCGCCUUCUGGGCCUUCUUCUGGUUCGUGGGUUUCUGCUUCCUGGCAAACCAGUGGCAAGUCUCCAAGCCCCAGGACAAACCCCUGAAUGAAGGGACGGACGCAGCCCGGGCUGCCAUUGCCUUCUCUUUCUUCUCCAUUUUCACUUGGGCAGGCCAGGCCAUACUGGCCUUCCAACGGUACCAGAUUGGCGCCGACUCGGCCCUCUUCUCCCAGGACUACAUGGAUCCCAGCCAGGACUCCAGCAUGCCUUAUGCACCCUAUGUGGAGCCCAGCACUGGGCCGGACCCUGCUGGCAUGGGUGGUACCUACCAGCAUCCAGCCAACGCCUUCGAUGCUGAGCCCCAGGGUUACCAGUCACAGGGCUACUGAGCCCCCAUGAUGGCGAUGACAGUGACCGCCUACCCUGCCCCUGCCCUUUUAUCCUAGCUCCUCUUCCAGACACCCUGCUCCCUCCCGGGUGACCCUGCCUCGCACCUGCUCAGCCUCCAAGUGACUCCACUGAGGCCCAGUGCAGCUUGGGUGGGGAGUCGGGGAGCCAGGGGGGUGUGUCCACAUGUGUGUGCAAGUGUGUGCCCAACAGGGAUCUAGAGGGUGGGCCCAGGGGUGACAGUCAUUCAUCAUGUCCUUGAGCGAGGUCAGUGCUGCGGGUAUGUGAGAUCUCGACCUACAACCGAGCACCCACUUUAUAACAGGCGUUGCUGGGCUGGGGAAUGAGAGACAGAGAGGGGGAAGGGCGGGCUGAGGAGGCCCUGCACCCUGUGCAGGAAAGGCAGGGCAGGCAGAUACUGGCAAGGUUGGCUGCAAGGGACUCAGCCACAAGGUGAGUGUGGUCAGUCGCAGGAUGUGGGCCAUUGACCCCAGAAUCCUUGAUAAGUAACAGUCCUCCUGGAAUUGCCAAGGCGACCUCCAGUUUAUGGUUGAGGAAACUGAGGUCCGAGGGGCCAGAGUACUUUGUCCAAGGUCACUUAAGCAGCUGAUGAUGCGGCCAUGUCAAGGUAGGCCAGGUGCAGAGCUCCUGCAAGCCUCUCUAUUCCUACAUCUAGGCUUUGCCACUCAGGGUUGAUUCAGGGGUCGUGGGGGGCUUCACGACCCGGGGCCAGUGGGGCACCGUGAUCUGCUGCAAACCAAGGGCCUCUUCUGCCUCAAUUGCUUUCCUCAUUCAGGUCCUCUCCUUGGUCUUGGUCUUCUCGAAGGCUCCCCAGACCUGCCCCUGUCCCCCGUGUUGUUCCUUGCUCAACAUGUCCCACAGGGAACUCCUUCGGGGUGUGCCAGCUACCCCCUGUGCAGUCUCCCAGAGGAGUGGUGGCCGUCCCUGCCUCUUGGAGGGCUCACUGAGUUUUUUCUCAUGGCUGGAUAGUCAGGAGGCCAGGUGGCGUUGGGGACUGGCCUAAGGUCCCAGUGUGUGCAUAGUAGAGCUGGCCUUGCUGCCUAAGUUUAGUGGCUCCAACCAUCAAGCAGGUGACUCCGCCCUGGUCACCACAUGGGACACUAUCCUGUCUCUGCUUGCCUGGGUCAGCCAGGGCUCAGGGCUGGAUGAGUGGGAGUCAGGACAGGAGCUCUCAAUUACAGGACCAGUUUGAGCGCCACAGCUACAGGUCACACUGCCCCAGGUGACUCACAAGUGAGAUGCCGCAGAGUGGGCUCUGGGAAACCUCGGGCCACAGGAAAGAGAAUUAAUAGCUGGUUAUCUCAGAGACAGAAAGGAGAGUGGUUGAGGCCUAAAGGGACAGCAAGGACAUAUUCUCACACAAGGUGCUCCCUCUCUGUGACAGAGGGAGCCCAGAGGGAGAGUGUCUGUGCCAUCUUCCUGUGUGUGCCCAGUUUACACGUCUGGUUCCUUGUGAAGCAGGGCAGUAGGCUGUGGGUUGGCUUCAACAAUGGGUAUCCCUGACAUCUCACCCCAUACCCUUCAGGACGCUGACAGGCAGAUUAGCUCUUCUCGUACCCAUGUUGGUGUGGUGUCACCAAGGGUGUCUCUGGUGCCUGUCCUCUUAAGAGCCUGUGAACCACAUGUAGGCCCAUUACGGUAGGAAACACGGCAUGAGUGCAGGCCUAAGGAAGACAGGGAGGGGACAAGCGCUUCAGAGGCAUAGAAGGAGCACCACUGCCCUUCCUGAGCAGAGAUUUACCAUUGGAGAUUGGAUCCAAACUGGGGUCUCCAAGUUCCCUAGGGAGCCACAGUGUUGGGAGAGGACCCAGGCAGCUGAGUGACAGCUGGCUGUUAAUAACUUCCAUUUUUCCAUACCUGGGAAGGGCUUCUAUGCACAGCCCCAUGCCCCAACCAGGUGGCUGUGCCACCAAGAGGCUAUGAGAAGCCCUGACAUUUGCUAACCCUUCUGGAGAGGACUAGAGACCCAAGGCCUGCACAUUGGUUUCUCCCUGGAUAGUAAUAGGCAGCUGGUGAUGUCGGGCAGAGGGCAGAGUGCUGGUUAAACUCUGCCCAGCCUUGGGUGUCUAUCCCCUAGUCCUUGGGCUAGGGGAGAUUACAGGACCAGAAGCUGGGCUGCUGGGACCUCAGCGGGCACCUUUCCCUUUGGCAGAUGCAUGCCAGCACCAUGGUAGUGAUGUCACACAGCGUUGAGAAGCCUAGGAGAUUGAGUAAGACCCAGGCUUCUCACUCGAUGGUUUGGGAGGGGCCACACUCCCACACCUCCUUGGACAGAGCCUUUGGAGGACACAAGGCCAGCAGCACCAAUUUCCUUCCCCUUUCCACUGCUUCUGCUUGGAGAUAGUCCCCCGCAGCUCGGCCCUAUGGAAUUGGGGCUCCCCUUUCCCUGUCAAGCACAAAAGAUGGUCUGAGAAACAUGGGUUCCACGUGACUUUAUAGUUGCAGGGGUCCUUCAGGAGACUCCUGUCUCACCCAAGGUCAAGCACAGUGAGAGAUUGGGAGCCCUGUUUUCUGAGAUGAUGUAACCUGCACAGUUGCCGCCAUUUUGCUUGGGUAGCCCCCAAUCCACCUGGGACGUAGCAAUCCAGGGGCUGAUUCCCAGGGGACUGGCACCAGUCUCUGCUCCCUCUAUCCCUAAUGGUUCUUGAUCUUCAAAGACUCUUGGGGUUCCAGGCUUUUCCCAUGUAACCGAGAGAUUCCACUUGUCCCUGGGGUACCCCUAACCUUGAUCCACAACCCCUUUGAUCUCUAAAAAUGUAAGUACGAGGCCCCAGAGUUUAUGGAGGAUGGACUGGGUUAGCCAUCUCCUAGUGCUGCCCCUGCCCUGACACCCCCCCUUGCGCCCACAGCUCUUGUCUGGGUGCCCCCGCCCCUCCCGCAGCGUUACUGCCUGUGUAUAGUAUAAAUAUAUAUAUUUUCUAUAUAUAAGAUGUAUAAUAGAAGGCUCCACCAUAUAUCUGUGAGUGUGCCUGUGCGUGCGUGUGUGUGCGGUGAAGGGCGGCCCCCCCAACGUGGACCUUGCUCUAGACCCUCCCCCACCUGGUUAGAGCCUCUCCAGAGUGGAUCCAGUGGCCCUGUGGUGUCCUCCUCUAUGACAUCCAUCCGUCUUUGGUGAACCAAGUGAAGGUGGUGACUUCCGGUGACACAGUAAUAAAGUGAAGAUUUCCAACUCA